AUCCUGGCAAAGACAAAUCGCGAAAAAUUUCCGAACAAAAAAAAAAUAUUUUCUUCAUAUUAUUUUUCAACCAAAUAAAUAAUAAUUUUAGAAAUUUUCCUUACCCCAAAAAAAAAAGAAGUGCAAAAAAAUGAUUCAAAACGCAACGAAAAGUCUUUACUUUUGGGCAACUGGCGAACAAUUGAGUGAAUUUGAAGACGCCCAAAAUGUUUGGAAUUCCUUCUUUUACACGAACACCAACGAAACGGUUCGUCUUGGGCCACUCAUGAAGCCAGCGGGUUUCGAUCAUGCCGAUUUGCUGAUAAAACCGGAGUACUUGGGCGCCAUUACGGGACUCUUGAUCGCUUUUUUUGUGAAACAAAAAGUCGUUGUCUUACAAGAAUUCUUGGAGCACCAUAAAAUCGACAAAUUCAAGCAUUUGAAGCAACUUUUGUGUUUUUUGUUGUGGAUUGUGACGAUGCCCUUGGCUAUCGUUGCUGCCACGUAUUUUAAGCUGAUUAAGCGACGUGCGGAGAAAAUUUUGAAAGCGAAGCACGGCGUGCAUUUCAAAGGCUUUCUCGAGGGACCCGACACCGUUUGGGCAUGCGAACGUCCUCGAGCUCGGAGUGUCAUCAACAUCAUCUCGUACUUGAGUGUGCCACGUGAACAAUACGAACCGAUGAGGACUUCGGGUAAAAUUUUGCAUUCUUUGAGGCAGCGGAUCAGCGGGGCACUGAUGGAAGGCCAACAACCGCAUCCGAAAAUGUUUUACCGCAAAAUGAAUGAACUCGGAUACUUUUUUUGGUCUGACGAGGCUCCGUGCAAAAUCGAAAAGUACAUUCGGCACAUGGAUUUUUACAGCGAAACGCGCGAAUUUCUCACGGAAGACGAUUUGAAGCAAUAUACGACGGAAAAAUGCAACGCGCCGCUUCCAGAGAACCAUUCACGGACAUGGGAAAUGCUCGUUAGCAAGCAACCGAUCAUGCGAGAUGAUGGAAAUGGCUUUUAUUACCCGAUUUUGUUCCGAGUGCAUCAUUGUUUGGGCGAUGGAGUCGCCUUAUUGCGACUUUUACUCGAAUCCAUGGCUGACAAAUCCGUAAAUGCAAAGUUAUUAUGGACCUCCGGUGCUGUCAAGGCGGAAAAACCUGAAAAAUCGGCAUUUUUUGAGACUUUCAAGACCAUUUCUCAAGCCCUGACGAUGCAAAAUCUCCAAAAAACUUACGAAAAAUUCAUCCAAGUCGCCUAUCUCGUGUAUGUGACGCCUUUCGUGCUUUGCAACAUCACAUUUUCCCUUUCGCCGGACAGCAACAUUCUCCAUCCCGACGAAAUUCACGGCGAAAAAGUCGUAAAUUGGAUUCACGAAGCCUCCUUGAACUUCCCGCUGCUUGAAACGAUCAAAAGAAUCAAAAAACGCACCCCGGGCGCUCGUUUCAGUGACGUCAUCAGCACGAUUUUGUCGAAAAGUUUGUCGAAAUAUUUCCGUUCGCACGGGCAACUCGUUCCCGAACGCAUCACGAUGGUUGUUCCGGCGCGCAUUGAACGCGAACAAGCAACACUUUCCCUGAAAAAUCGUUUUUCCGUUGCAAUGCGUCCCUUGCCGCUUAAGAUGAACGAGGCACGAACAAAUCCCGUGACGAAUUUUUACGAAACCAUGUUGAAUAUGAAGGUUUUUUCGGAUGUCUUGGCAACGGCGCCCGAUUAUCAAGUGAAUUAUUGGAUAAUGUCGUUCGUGGCGGAGAUGUUGCCGGAUUAUCUCUUUGCAAAAUUGAUGUCGAGUAGUCAUAGCACGUUGGCGUUCAGUAAUUUGCCGGGCCCGCAGGAAAGUGUUCAGAUUCAGGGAUAUGCGUUGGAGCGGAUUGGAUUUUUCCUGCCGAAUUUCGGGCAAACAACUGUGGGAAUUACCAUUUUGAGCUAUGGCGGGCAGUUGCAGUUGGGAAUUAUGGCUGAUAAGAACGCCAUCCCAUCCAAAGAAGAAGCAGGACAAAUUCUCAAAGACAUGGUUGCCGAAGUUGCCAACAUCAGACAAUUUUUGCUGAAAUAAAUGCAAGACUCUUUUGACAAAUGAACUGACAAAACGUACAAUUAAUAAAAGAAAAAUCGAAUGGAAGAAACGAAAAAAACAUUUUCUUUUUUUU